AGAACAGACAUCUUACAUGCCCCAAAUUCCUGAUAUUGCAAGCUGUCUAGAGCACUUGUUGCCGCUCAAGGAGUGGGAGGAAGCAUUCGUUGCUGAUUUUUCAGAGCUAAGACAGGCUUUAUCACGUUUGGAAGCUAAUGUUGGAACUUCCAGUCCGCUGCAUUCUGCAACCUUUGUUGAUCAACAACACUCCUCUUCAGAUCAGCUUCCUGAAAAAAUUGUUUUGGAUAAGUUUGAUGGUUUGAUGUCAAGAGAUGAGGAGUCUUGCCUAUCUGAUGCUGGUGAUGAUCCUGUCCUGGAAAAUUCCGUGCCAAAGUCAUCUCCUGCCGGAGGAUUUGGCAACAGCCCUACCUUGUCUGUUAUCUUACGAAUGGAUGCUGUAGCUCGAGUUUCGAUGUUAAGGAAGCGAAUUACAGCUUUGCAAAGCAUGACUACUCUUUCAAGGGAUGACUGCUUAUGGCUGUUUGCUCUGUGCGUUGCUGUUGAUACUCCUGUUGAUGCCGAUACAUGUGCCGCUCUACGGUCAUUACUCCGAAAAUGUGCAAGCUUGAGAGCUGACAAGGCCAAACUCGAUGAUGAAGUUAUUAUGCUUAAUAUGUUGGUCACAAUAUCUGGGAGAUAUUUUGGACAGUCCGAACAAUGAAAAUCUUUUUACUUCGUCAAAGAGCCCUGUUGGGGACUUGAGCAAAAUGUACUCUCCUCCAUUUUUAUUUUUAUUUUUUAUAUCACUUUCCAGUUUUCUUUGGUCAUGGUGUUCCCAUGAUAAUUUAUUCUCAAAAAAUAGAGUUGUAGUUCAUUUUUAUACUGAAAGGAAACCUCGUGUACUGAUUCCAUGGUUCCAUAUUCAUGUACAGUAACGUGCGCGCUUGUGCUUUUGAAGUUGAGAGAAUUUAUGUCUUAUUUUAGGUAGAGAUUAGUUA